AUGGCAGGAGGUGUAGCGGCAUGGCUCCCGUUCGCCCGCGCGGCGGCCAUAGGGUGGAUGCCCGUGGCGAGCGCGCCGAUGCCGAUCCCCCCGAAGGACAAGAGGAAGUCACAGGAGGGACUGAUCAUCCUCAACGUGAGCGGGACAAAGUUUCAGACGUGGAAAAACACCUUGGAACGCUACCCGGACACUCUGCUGGGGAGCACGGAGAGGGACUUCUUCUUCCACGAGGAGACGAACGAAUACUUUUUCGAUCGUGACCCUGAUAUUUUCAGGCACAUCCUCAACUUCUACCGCACGGGGAAACUACACUAUCCGCGGCAAGAAUGCAUCUCCGCGUACGACGAGGAGCUGGCGUUCUUUGGCAUCAUCCCCGAGAUCAUCGGGGACUGUUGUUACGAGGAGUACAAGGACCGGAGGCGCGAGAACGCGGAGAGGCUCCAGGACGACGAGGAGAUGGACCAGAGUAACGACACCACCCCCGUCAACCUCACCCCGCGCGAGUACCUUUGGCGGGCUUUUGAAAACCCCCACACGAGCACGCUGGCCCUGGUCUUUUACUACGUCACGGGCUUCUUCAUCGCCAUCUCGGUGAUGGCCAACGUGGUGGAGACGGUCCCGUGCGGGUUGAUGCCCAACCGCUCCAAGGAGCUCUCGUGCGGCGACCGUUACGCGCUGGCCUUUUUCUGUCUGGACACCGCGUGCGUCAUGAUCUUCACCUUCGAGUAUCUCCUGCGUUUGGUGGCGGCGCCGUGCCGCUUCAAGUUCAUGAAGAGCGUGAUGAGCGUCAUCGACGUGGUCGCCAUCAUGCCUUACUACAUCGGCCUGGUCAUGACGGACAACGACCAGGUCAGCGGCGCGUUCGUCACCCUCAGGGUCUUCCGGGUGUUUCGGAUUUUCAAAUUCUCCCGCCACUCGGCGGGGCUGCGCAUCCUGGGCUACACGCUGAAGAGCUGCGCCUCGGAGCUGGGCUUCCUUCUCUUCUCCCUCACCAUGGCCAUCAUCAUCUUCGCCACGGUCAUGUUUUACGCGGAGAAGGGCUCCACCGCCAGCAAGUUCACCAGCAUCCCCGCCGCGUUCUGGUACACCAUUGUCACCAUGACAACACUCGGGUACGGGGACAUGGUGCCCAAGACCAUCGUGGGGAAGGUGUUCGGCUCCAUCUGCUCUCUGAGUGGGGUGCUGGUCAUCGCCUUGCCUGUUCCCGUUAUCGUGUCAAACUUCAGUCGCAUCUAUCACCAGAGCCAGCGGGCGGAGAAACGAAGAGCCCAACGGAAAUCGCGGGUUGCUAAAAUCCGUGCGGCGAAGAUUCGAGGCACUAACGCCUAUAUGCGCUACAAACACAGUGGAGUAUUGGACUCCCGGUUGGCCUCCAAAGAGGCAGGGAAGCUCCUGGUGAGUAAGGCAACCAGUCCUCCAUUUGAGAGUCAACACCAUCACCUCCUGCACUGCCUGGAGAAGACCACGAACCAUGAGUUUGUGGACGAGCAGACCUUCCAGACCAACUGCAUGGAGAUCUCCAUGAUGAACAAGGCUGGCUCCCGGUCGUCCUCGCUGGCCUCGUCCCCCCGCCUCUCCUCCUGCUGCUCCAGACGCCACCGCAAGAAGAGCAGCUUCAGCCUGCCGGGCUCCAACAACCAGGAGCUCAGCACCAUCCAGAUCAGAGAGAGGCCCGUCGUCAACAGCCGCUCCAGCCUGAACGCCAGACUCAACGACGACGGCGGCAUGACGCUGAAGUGCGACGCGUCCUACAUCACCCCGUCCAUGGUGACGCUGACCCCGCCCGCCGUGACCUCGUCGGGCGGGGGCGACGCCCCCACCGGCUCCAUCACCUACUCUCAGAGCAACAUUGUUCGAGUAUCUGCCUUGUAG